ACGUGCGCGUCCCGGGCCGGUCUGCUGGCUCUCUUUCCCCGGCGCCGCCUCCUGCCUUUGCCCCCGGCCCGAGAGGCGGCGGUUCCCGGCGGCGGCUGCUCGGCGUCAUGUCCCACCAGACCGGCAUCCAAGCUAGCGGCGAAGUCCAAGAAACCUUUGCUAGAGCCAGAAACGGACAAUACAGGUUUUUGAAAAUAGUUAUUGAAAAUGAACAGCUGACUGUGGGAUCAGCAAGACAAGCUGUUGGAUCCUGGGAAGCCGAUUAUGAUUCCUUUGUUCUCCCACUCCUUGAAGAAAAGCAGCCAUGUUAUAUUCUUUAUAGAUUAGAUUCUCAAAAUGCCCAAGGAUAUGAGUGGAUCUUUAUUGCAUGGUCACCAGACCAUUCUCCUGUUCGUCAGAAAAUGUUGUAUGCAGCUACCCGGGCAACCCUGAAGAAAGAAUUCGGAGGUGGGCAUAUUAAAGACGAAGUGUUUGGAACCAACAAGGAAGAUGUUUCGCUGAACGGUUACCGAAAGUACUUGGUAACUCAGUCCUCGCCUGCCCCUCUGACCGCAGCCGAAGAAGAACUUCGACAGAUCAAGAUUAACGAGGUACAAACUGACGUCAGUGUUGACACUAAGCACCAGACUCUUCAAGGUGUAGCAUUCCCUAUAGCUAAAGAAGCCCUUCAGGCACUGGAAAAACUGAAAAACAAGCAGCUUAACUAUGUGCAAUUGCAAAUUGAUAUGAAAAAUGAAACGAUCGAAUUGGCUAGUACACUCCCAACGGAGCUGAAGGACUUGCCGAAAAGAAUUCCGAAGGACUCGGCGCGGUACCAUUUUUUCCUCUACAAACAUUCCCACGAAGGAGACUACUUGGAAUCAAUAGUUUUUAUCUACUCCAUGCCGGGCUAUAUGUGCAGUAUACGAGAACGGAUGCUCUACUCUAGCUGCAAGAGUCCUCUACUAGAAAUUGUAGAAAGACAACUGUGGAUGCAGAUCAUCAGAAAGAUUGAAAUCGGCGAUGGGGAAGAGUUAACUGCCGACUUCCUUUAUGAAGAAGUUCAUCCCAAGCAACAUGCACACAAGCAGAGUUUUGCUAAGCCGAAAGGACCCGCAGGCAAAAGGGGAAUCCGAAGGCUGAUCAGGGGCCCGGCAGAAGCCGAAACACCUACUGACUAAAUGCAGCGCCGGGAACAGAAGCGUUACGGUGGGGGUUAGGGAACCCACCCUAGCCUUUAGAAAUGAACUGAAAGCAUUCCACACCCCUCUUUUUCCAGGAGAAUAAGGUGACCUGUGAUUUUUCGCUGCACUUGAGACGCCACCUUAGAUGUUACAAGGUCCACAGCCUGUGGUUGUAAUGAAUUGGGUUAAACUAAAACUAGAAGCUUGUAUAAGGUUAAUUCUAAUAUGAAUUAAUAUCAUAGCCUUACAGUUCAACACUACUCUAUAUGUAACAUAUAUAGGUCUGAAGUCAGUUUAGUGACAACAUAAAAUGGAUCAUUAGCUAGAUAUUGAAUUUUUCUCUCUCGCAUUAUCUACUUUUUAGGGGGCUGCUGCUUUAGAAUAAAAAUUGGCAGGACUGGGCCCUGUUUUUCUCCAUUGUACUUCCCCUGUCCUUCUACAAACUAACAGUGCAAUAUUUUAUUCCACUGUUUUCAUACCAUGAUCCUAAACAUUUAUUUGGAAGCAAAUUCCAUGGAGAUCCAUGGGCCUUUAUUCCAACUAGAUGUUUAAGAUCUGGCUGCCGCAAGACUGAAACCUGACUCAUUUGAUACAGGGACCCCAAAUUAUAUUCUUUGUAGCCUUCUAACAAUACAUUUCUGGUCUUCUGAGAGAAUAACACUAUUAUUUUUUACAUAAAUCAUGUUUGGCAAUAAAGUUAAGCACUACAUGUUUGAAAAAUGUGAUUCUGUAAGCAACACCAAGUGCUAUGAAAUAAGAGUUUUCACCAUCCAAAUCAUUCUGAUCUAAUUAAAUUAUGAAAACUGC